AUCCCACUUCAAACCACCUAAGUCCCGCCUCGCAGUGUGUAUCUUAGCUGGGCUGACUUGAGGCUAUAAAAUGAAGGAACUUACUGUAAUCGGGACGCAUUCUGUAGUUGGAGUUCCCUAUGUGAACUCCCAUACAGAAACUAAAGUCAGUCCAAUGCUUUAAUCAGUGCUCACACACACACACGCAGAGAUAGCGCUGCCGGGUUUCCUCUCACUUUGAAGCUGAAAAGAACAGACCAAGUCGCCGGGUAGAGACCGUGCCGAGAGAGGGAGAGCCAUGGCAGGGGACGGGUCAGACCAGCGGGCGCUGCAGUAUGAACAAACUCUGAUGUAUGGUCGCUACACCCAGGAGCUCGGGGUGUACGCCAAAGAGGAGGCCGCUCGGCUGAGGGAGAGCGGGCAGAGGCGAUCAGUCAGCGAUCGAAGCCGGACCCUGGACCUGCUGGAGUACGACAAGGGACGCUGUGCCAAGUGUCGCAGGUCAGGGUACCCGUAUGUUCUGGAAUCCCCAGCCCACGACUUUAUCUCUGUCUGCACGGUUCGCUGUCAGAAGUUCCUGAUCUCGCGGGUCGGGGAGGACUGGAUCUUCCUCAUCCUGCUGGGACUCCUCAUGGCGCUGGUCAGCUGGGUGGUGGACUUUUGCAUCGCCAUCUGUCUACAAGCACAGAAGUGGAUGUACGGCGGUCUGGACAGUAACGUGUUUCUGCAGUAUCUGGCCUGGGUCACUUACCCUGUAGUGCUCAUCACCUUCUCGGCCGGCUUCACUCAGAUUCUCGCCCCGCAGGCUGUUGGUUCAGGUAUUCCAGAGAUGAAGACCAUCCUGAGAGGAGUUGUGCUGAAGGAAUACCUCACCUUCAAAACUUUUGUGGCCAAAGUCAUCGGCCUCACCUGCGCUUUGGGCAGCGGCAUGCCCCUGGGCAAGGAGGGUCCUUUCGUACACAUCGCCAGUUUGUGUGCAGCUCUCCUCAGCAAGUUCAUGUCCCUGUUUGGAGGAAUUUAUGAGAAUGAAUCGAGAAACAUUGAGAUGCUGGCAGCAGCCUGUGCUGUGGGAGUGGGCUGCUGUUUUGCUGCCCCCAUAGGAGGUGUGUUGUUCAGUAUUGAAGUAACGUCCACGUUCUUUGCGGUGAGGAACUAUUGGAGAGGUUUCUUUGCUGCUACCUUCAGUGCCUUCAUCUUCAGAGUACUGGCUGUUUGGAACCGAGACGAAGAGACCAUCACAGCCCUUUUUAAAACCCGUUUCCGGCUAGACUUUCCCUUUGACCUCCAGGAGCUUCCUGCCUUCGCUGUCAUUGGUAUUGCCAGUGGUUUCGGCGGGGCUUUGUUUGUCUACCUGAACCGACUGAUCGUCCAGUUCAUCAGGAAACAGAAGGCCAUCAACAGAUUCCUCAUGAAGAAACGUCUGCUGUACCCUGCACUGGUCACUUUACUUGUUUCCACACUAACGUUUCCCCCCGGCUUUGGACAGUUUAUGGCAGGCAAGCUAACCCAGAAGGAGUCUCUGGUGACGUUACUGGACAACCGGACAUGGGCCAAACAGGGCAUCGCUGAGGAGUUUGACUACAUCGGACACUCUCAAGCCUGGAAACACCCGCAAGUCAACGUCUUCGUCACCCUGGUCCUCUUCAUCGUCAUGAAGUUCUGGAUGUCUGCCCUGGCCACCACCAUCCCAGUGCCCUGUGGAGCCUUCAUGCCAGUAUUUGUCAUUGGGGCCGCCUUUGGUCGUCUGGUUGGAGAAAGCAUGGCAGCCUGGUUCCCAGAUGGCAUUCACACAGAUGGCACCAUCUACCCCAUAGUGCCAGGAGGCUACGCUGUCGUGGGUGCGGCGGCCUUGUCCGGAGCUGUCACCCACACGGUUUCCACUGCAGUCAUCGUGUUCGAGCUGACUGGCCAGAUAUCCCACAUCCUGCCGGUGAUGAUAGCAGUGAUCCUGGCCAACGCUGUGGCCCAGUCCCUGCAGCCCUCCCUCUACGACUCCAUCAUCAGGAUCAAAAAGCUGCCCUACCUCCCAGAGCUGGGCUGGGGACACCACGAGAAGUACAAUAUUCGCGUGGAGGACAUCAUGGUGCGGGACGUGCGGUACAUCACGCUCAACUGCUGCUACAGAGACCUGCACAAUGUCCUGCUGACGGGCCACCUCAAGACCCUGGCACUGGUGGAAUCAGCUGAGUCCAUGAUCCUGUUGGGCUCCAUCGAACGUGCCCAGCUCCAGUCGCUGCUUUCCCAACAGCUUGGUCGCCCCAGAAGGCUAGAGUACAUCAGGGAACGGGCCGUCGCGGAAAAGAAACGCCUGUCUGUCUCGUCGAACCAGGGCAGCGAGGAUGGCAGCCAGCGGGUCAGCCAGGAGGUCCGCUUCCAGAUCUCUACUGAGGAGUCAACCUUCAGUCCUGUUCGUCCAGCUACUCCAAAGCCUCUCAAACCUGCACUGAAGAGAGCCUCUGUGGUGGAGCGGCCCACCGAGAUCCCCACCAGCCCUCAUGAUAAUUCAGGCAUCGCUUUAAAGAACCUGUUCUGUGCCAGUCCAGACGCAGAAGGCCUGGAGAAAAACAACAACAACUUGGAGAUCCCUAAGUCUCCUGAGCACAGGAGGCCGUCCAAACGAGUCCGGAUAUCCGUCGUGGAGCCACCACCCAGCUUAAAGAGUUUCUCUGGGGAUGACAGAGAUGUGGAGGAUGACAUGACUCUGAGAGAGAUUGCAGAAUGGGAGGAGAUGCAGCUUGAUGAGCAGGUCAACUUCAACAACUGCAAGAUCGAUCCCGCCCCAUUCCAGCUGGUGGAGCGUACGUCGCUGCACAAGACCCACACCAUCUUCUCCCUGCUGGGCCUUGACCACGCCUACGUCACCAGCAUCGGACGCCUCAUCGGGGUGGUUUCCCUGAAAGAGCUUCGCAAGGCCAUCGAGGGCUCUGUGACAGUGAAAGGCGUGAAGGUGCGUCCUCCUCUUGCCAGCUUCCGUGACAGCGGCACCAGCAGCAGCGAGAACGAAGCCACCGAGCUCCACAAGCUGUGGGAUCGCCACAAGAGCAUGUCACUGCCCAGGGAACACACCCCGUCCGAGUCUGAUGAGAAAUCCCAGUGAAGGAAAGUAGAGGAGGAAGGUGAGCAGGUGGAGGAGGAGGUGGAGGAGGAUGCAUUGAGAUCUUUAAAUCCCUUCCAAAGCCACAAACAUGCAAAAAUCCUCAGGGCUUAGGAUCUAUAUUUAAUUCUGGAAAGAGUUCUACUGCUACGCCAGCCUCUUCGUAACUCUCCUUUCUCUCCUCCAUCCACUUUGCUUCAUGGACCCAGUGCUUUCCCCGGGGGGGGGGGGGGGUCUUGCACUGACCAAGCCAGACACUCCGCGGGAGAGUGGAACACAACUCAACCUGUGCCCUGCUCUCAGUUUACCCUCGGGAACCAACAGCAGAGCGAAUGUGGAUUAGGGGAAAAAAGAAAAAGACACGUUUUGGUCAAAUCCAACAUCUGGGGACUGGGAAUGGGUUGAAAUCUUAAAAAAAGGGAUUUUUUUUUGUUUUUUGCAAACUUUGUUUAGCUUGUGUAUCUUUAGAGCCAGGAUCAAAGUUGUCUUUUGGAACACGUCUUCCAUUUCAGUAGAGGAAUUCAGCAACGAUGAUGAGGAAGAAUAACAUAUGUGUGUACUGUAAGAGUGAGUGUAUGACAUGAGAAAAUGUGAGUGUGCAUGGAGACUGGAGGUAGCAAACAACUAUUUCCUACACGAUUUUAUGUUUAUUGCCUGCAGGACACAUUUCAGUCUUUUUUUUUCCCCGCUUGAAUUGUUUCUGACUGAUCAGGUGGUCUGGGUUUAACUGGAAUUUGCCAUUUACUCUUCAGUCUGUCCCAUCGGCAAGCACUGGACUAAGGGGACAGAUGCCUCAGUUUUCUGUUCUUUUUCUUCUUUCCAUUAUUCCUCUUUUUGAUCAUCUCUUCUUUGCGAGUCUUAAUGGUCAGGUUGAGAGUACAGUCUAUGCAAGCAGACGUGCCUGUUGGCAGUGGCGGAAGCACCUGUAGCCCUUUUCCUAAUGUACACUCCUUUCAUACUGUAGCUACGGCCUUACACUACAAAGACACACAGAAACACGCACAAACAAAGACGGCGGCAGCGGCGAUGCACUCCGACAGUCGAGGUUUUCUGCUCCUCUAAAUAUAGCUCUUAAUAAGCGUUCCAGAGAAGGUUGGAGGCGGAUGGAAGAGGGCAGGAAGCGGGGGAGAGACGAAGCGCGGGGAGCAAAUGGAUGGCUGAAAGAAUGAAGACAUCAUUACCUAACCAGCUGCUCUGGGCUUUCUCAUCAAUCUGUCUUUGAUUUCCAUGUUAGCUAACGUCCAUUACUAUCUGAGACACACUAUCCUCACCCUACCAGCUAUGUGAUGUAAUGGUCGAGGGCUGAGGCAGACGCAGUUGUCGACAUGUACACCACCAGAUGACAGCAUGUGAGCGGCUUGAUUAAUGCAUGGCAAUAGCCUGAGUGAACCAUAGCGCGAUCCGGUGAGAUUAUCCAAUAAAAAAGCUACAGGAAAUCCAUAAAUGAGCGAGUAAAGAUUUAAAAUUUACCUUGUUUACCAGCAGAAGUCACCACGAAACGAUCACUCCAGCCACUCCAACCCAACAUGCUUGACCGAUAAAACCUGGAACUUGAGCCAUUAAAGUUUAAAUGACAACAUAGUUCCUGAUUCAGCAAGCAGGCUGGCAUGACAGAUAAUGUAUACGUGCUGUGUAUUUAAUAAUUCAUGUCAGCCAUAAUGCUUGAGGCUUGUCAGUGCACACUCUGCUCAUCGACAGAAGAACAUUGAUUUGUUUUCUCUCUCCUCUCCAUUUCCACUUCCACUUUUUUUUCUUUUAUGUGAGCUACUGACCCCAAACACGUCCUUGAAGUCACACUCCUUUCCUUACUUUUUUCUUUUUUUUAUCUUCUAAUUUUGUUGUCUGUUUCUUGAAAAUGGACAUCCGCUACUACCUAGAGAAUUAGCUCUCCUGUUUGGAUGCCUUAAAUAUGCACUCAUACUUCAUUGUAGUUUUUUCAACGUUGCAUCGCAUGGAUUUUAUUUUUGGUGGUGGUCUUGACUUGCUGGACGCCACUGAAAGUAAAAUACACAAAAAAAAAGAAAAACAGCAUGGCAUUGCAUGAUGGAGUGCAUGUGAGUUUGUUUUCUACGAUCGAAAUGUACCAAAAACAAAAGCUUGAUUGGAAUGAACAUGAGACGAGUGAAGAGUGUUGUGUCUCGGUAUGUUUGCCAUCUUGUGCCUGUAUGUUAUGUGUCUUUACAGUGUUUUAUUUUAUACUUCUAAUGUCGGAUUAUUUCACUUUGAUUGGCAUCUUCCAUUCAUCCAAUGAGCUUUAUUCAUUGCCUAAUUUUUGAACUCGGGGUGGAGUCUUUGGGUUAGCAAAGUUAAGCUUACAGAUUAAUAUAUUUAACAUCAUUCCUGUAAUAUAAAAUCAUAAUUUAAUGUCUUAACCAAUCUUUAAUUGUUGACUAUUCUCUUUUUGAAAGAGAUUUUGGGGGAUUUGUUUUGUUAUAUUUGUUGUAUUUGUUGUUUUUUCACAUUUGAUGAUUUUACAGUUUGAUUUUCUUUGUUUUUUUAAUCGUCUGAUAUAUUUCUACUAAGAUGUUUAUUUGUAAAGUGCAAAGAACACUAACAGGGUGAAGGCUCGCAAUGGUCGCCUGAUAGGAAAGCAAACAAGGAAAUGUAAUUGUGAAGCCAAAGCAGGUUAAUGUUGGAGGGACAUGUUCAUUCCACAAGUGCCUACAUUGACUCCUCUUCUUUAUCAAUAAGCAAUCGACACCGAAGUGUUUGGAUCUGGCUUUCCAGUCAUGUGGACGAGGCACUUUUCACACACACACAUACACAUUUACACAGAUAUGUAAGCGGGGUGGAUGUGCGAGCGCUGUGUGCAAUUAUCACCAUGGCAACCUGUCGCAACAAUCAUCGCCGUCGUCACACACACCUCUCCCCACAAUCUGCUCGCUCCUGACUGACUGAGAUCCACUCGUCUGAUUUGGUUCUGUCCAUUUGUUUGUGCUUUUCAUCGAUUUUUAUUAUUCCACCUCCGCAGACAUUUCAAAAUAUAUUUCAUUUUUCAUUUCUAACAGACAAACAUAGACUGAGGUAUUUAUUAGUCCGUAUUAAUCAGAGUAGAAGUUCUCAAAUGUUUUGUUUCCCAUUCUUUUUACAGACGAUCUCCUCGUAGGUAAUCGAUUUGUGCAAUAACGGUUGUUCAUCUCACUUUGUAACCCAGUUUUAAUUGAUGACAUGAAUGCAAGAUAACCUUAUUUUUGUAAAGAAACCUGAAAAGUGUAAAAAGAUGUAUGUAUAUGAGGAGAACCGACACUCACACAGGAGCUUGUCUGUGAUAAAGUGAUGUUUGAGUGAUGGCUAAAGGGGGAAGGUUUCCCAAAAGCCUCAAUUAAAGCUUCAAAUCAACAUUCAGAUAUUUAAGGGCACUGUCUGCAUCUUUUAGGUGUGGUUAAGCCUUUCUUUAUGAGGAAUAGCUUGGACUCUUUGGGAAACCUUCCCCGUCUGGUCUUAAAAUUCUCUGUGUGAAUCUGCUGCAUGGACUGUAGCUGGCGCUCUCAUACAAGCCCCUCCAAUCCACCCCCCAACUCUUAAGCACUGAUGCUGAGUCAGUUUUAUCAUGCUCCUCUCUAUCCUCUGCUUCAGUCUGAGAGGCUACGAUAAGACCAGAUUCUCACAUCAGCUGUUGCGGGUUAUCUUUUAUCCCCUCCUUGGGGCUCUUAGGGACUGUACAUAGUACAUACUGGAGGCCUCCACACACCCUGAGGGCCAAACCAGACGGAGCUGAUCAAAAAAUCCAGAGCCAUUUUUCACACAGAAAAAUUAAACAUUGUUUUGUAUAUCAGGGAUGAAUAAAUGAGAUUUUAACAAACAAA